CCCAAGAUGGCUCCGACGGCUAUCAAUUUAUGUUGUUCUGCAGUUAGAUGGACUCCUGUGUUGUUUAUCACAGCCAUUGUAGUUUGGUCUUAUUAUGCUUAUGUUAUACAGAUGUGUAUAUUCACAGUGGAAAGUAUAGCAGAAAAAGUGAUAUAUCUCCUGCUGUAUCAUCCGGUUCUCUUUAUGUUUGCCUGGGCCUAUUGGCAGACAAUAUUCGCAAGAAAUGGACCUGUGCCAAAAGAAUUUUACCUGAGUCUGGCGGAGGCAGACCAGCUGGAGAGAGAAACCAGUGAGGACAGGCAGAGAGAAAUGCUCAAACAGUUUGCGAGGAACCUGCCUAUUCUGAACAGAACGAUGUCUGGAUGUCCGAGAUACUGUGAAAAAUGUCGGUGUAUAAAGCCAGACAGGUGUCACCAUUGUUCGGUCUGCUCAAGGUGUGUUCUCAAGAUGGACCACCACUGCCCAUGGGUGAAUAACUGCGUGGGGUUCUCCAACUACAAGUUCUUUGUGCAGUUCCUGGGAUAUGCCCUCCUCUACUGUCUUUAUGUUGCCAUCACUUCCCUCAAGUAUUUCAUAGACUUCUGGAAGGGAGGAGCUGGCAAUGGCAUGGGAAAAUUUCAUCUUUUAUUCUUGUUUUUUGUGUCAAUAAUGUUUGGUAUCAGUUUGAUAUCCUUGUUUGGGUAUCAUCUGUACCUUACAUGUAAAAACAGGUCUACGUUAGAGGCCUUCCGAGCGCCAAUUUUUCAGAGUGGGCCCGACAAAGAAGGCUUUAGUCUGGGUAGAGGAGGCAACUUCCAGGAAGUGUUUGGGGACCAGGUUAAGAACUGGUUCCUCCCCAUAUAUUCCAGCCUUGGUGAUGGGGUGUCCUUCCCCUCGCAGUCGUCGGCGACCAUGUCGUAUCAGACCAUGGGCAACACCCCCAGAUACCAUCACCAUCAUGCUCACCGAAAUGAUGGUAGACAUCAUGGGGGACGGGGUCACGUAUCCUACCCGCACCGUGGAUCUGGAUUCCGACAACCUGCUUGGACAGAGACAGAGAUGGAUGGAAGAAGGGGAGGAAGAAAUGAACCCCACAGGCAAUGGCCAUGAGAACAAAGGCAUGAACCACCAUCUGUGAGCAACAUAGGAUGAACAGGGACCUAGGAGCUUGGAGACAUCAACAUCCGUUCAGGCCUUGCUGAUUUGUACCAUCAGACUCAAGACACAACAAAUGAUGGAUUACUGAUUCUCUCCAGUAACCAUAUUUCACUUAGGAAGUCGUGUCUGGGCCAGCUUCAUGAAAGGAACUUGAUUGACGUUCUUUUAAUCAGUUGAUUUUUGUAGGAUAUUGAUUUAAAAAUUCUUGACAGGAUCUUCAUCAGUGGAUGCUGGACAGUAUUUUAAUCCAAGGAUUUCUAGAGAAGUUUGUGAAAUAUUCCUGAAUGUAUCUGGAAAUGUGUGAGAAGGUCCGGCUUGUUUAAACCGAUUGUAUGAUGAUGGUGACAGCUAUGUACAUACAUUGACAUGAAAUAACACAGCUCCCUGACAAGAUGUCCCACACUGGUAUUUAUGAUUGAACACCUCAUUCUCAAAAUCUGUCAUUCUGAAAUCAUACAUUCUGUAUCCCUGGUUCCCAGUCCACGAAGUGAUUUUGAUGCCACAACCACCGUAACUCCUACGAUGGCCAUUGGGCUAAGAUCACUUUGUGGAAUGGGGUUCAGGUGCUCAAGGCAGCCCUUGUGCUGCACCUUCUACUCCUGCACCGCACACUCCCUACUGAUGUCGCACUGGUGGAGUGGCUCGGCGGUAGUUGGAUGAUGAUGAUUAUGUUGUUCAUGAUGAUGAUGAUGAUGCCACUCCAGGCUCCUGAACAAGCUCCAGUAACAGACCUUGACCCUUAACGGAUCAUCUAUACAAUAGCACCACAUGGAUUUAGAUUGCCCUAAUGACAAUGGUUUCCUGAAGGUAUUAAAUAGCUGUUAAACUUAAUUACAUAGGCACCUAAGCAUUGUAAGGGGUGCAUUUAAUUAACAGGGAUUUUUAUUAUGAAACUGAUUCUUUGUUUAGAGAAAAGUGCACUGUUUGGAUGUUAUUUAUUUAGGCACUAAGCCACAGAUUUUAUUGUGACCAAUACCAUAAUUACCACAUACUUUGACACUUUUCAUCAAAAUAUUUCUUGAAGUUGUCAACGAAGAUUGAAACAUAUUCAAACACAUUCUUCAUCUGAUAUCACUGUGGCCAUUUAUUUAUUACCUGCUAGUGGGAAGAUUGGGAGCAGUAAUGGACAGGCAAAUGUUUUAAUGUGCAUCUUGAAGCUUGUCUGUAUAGUGUAUGCGUGCGUAUCUCCAUCCAAGACUCCUCAAAUUCUGCUGUGACUCAUCAUCCAUUUUGUUUAGAAAAUACUCUUGGUAGUGGUUCAUUUCUCAAUUUCAUUCUGAGUCUUUUGAACGUGGGCUCAUUAUCUGAUGUCUGUACACAUCUUGGUCUAUAAAUUACAGGAAUAUCAUUGCUUGAUCUGUGGAAUCUAUGGGUUCUGUAGCCAGGUGGAUUGGAAAGACUUCUUGGGUCCAUUGUGCUUUCAGUUGAAAUCCAGUUUGGUUGGUCAUUGAUUUGAAUACUUAAGAAAUUGGAAACCCUUGAUCCCUGUCAAAUUUCAUUUGGUAUGUUAAGAACUGCUGAUACUAACCGAUAUAUAGUUGUGUAUACAAAAACUAGUAUAACCUGAAAAUAUUGUAUAUUUGGAUUUGUAGACUCAUAAGUGUUUGGUGAAGAUUGUUCCUACUCGGUGUUGGUGUUAAUCCCAACUCAAGCUCAGGAAGAGAUUAAAUUUUAUUGCUGGAUUUCGUUCUGACUUGACUUACAAGAAAGGUAUUGUGAUAAGACCACAUGUUAAAGAUGAUAGGUGCCUAUCUGUGUGUUCAGUUGUGUGUAGAGAUAUUCCUACAUUGGACAUUGACAUUCCUGGCUACGAGCUCCAUAGAAACCACUGUUUGCACACAUUGUCCUGGAAGCGUUCCAAACGGAACAGCUGAAUGUAUUGUCUCUGCAUGAGUGAAAUGCUCAUCUUGUUGAGAUUCUCUGUCAAUUGUCAGUGCGGAAUGUGAAUGUGUUUUACAACGUGUUUUUAUUGUUUGUGUACGAGAAAUUGAUCUAACAUGUUACCUCGGACCUGCGUGAGACAUAAUUCAUGGUACGUUGAGAUCCACU